AUACGCAAAAUAAAUAUAAUGUGUUAAUGAAAUGUCAAAAAUGGCCAAUUUUAUGUGUCUAAAACUGCAACAGAAGCUAUCAGUUCUUGCUACUGUUUGUCCUAAUCACUAUUCUCCUCUCUCCACAAAAGCCCAUUGGAAGUUGAACACUAGAUUUAAAGCACCUCGUAGGCUUGUUUUAGGCUUAGGGGCUUCAUUUUGGGCACAGAUUAUGAGUACUGUUGGUGUAAAUGGUGGCAAAUCUUUCAUUGCUUCUGCAAGGGAAAAGGGUGCUGUUGAAGAGGUAUUGAAGAACGUAGAAUGGCCUGAGAAGUUUCCCUUCAAGGAGGAGGAUUUCCAGCGCUUUGAUGAGUCACCGGACUCAUUGUUCUAUGAAGCUCCCCGAUUUGUGACACAUAUUGAUGACCCGGCCAUUGCUGCACUGACAAAAUACUACAGAGAGGUUUUUCCUCCAAGCAACACUCCAGGAGUUAGCAUCCUAGACAUGUGUAGCAGUUGGGUCAGUCAUUAUCCAAAAGGAUACAAGCAAGAUAGAAUAGUUGGGCAAGGCAUGAACGAAGAAGAGCUCAAGCGCAAUCCAGUUCUGACAGAGUACGUUGUUCAAGACUUAAAUAUAAACCCUAAACUUCCAUUUGAGGACAAUUUUUUUGACGUUAUAACUAAUACGGUUAGUGUUGAUUACCUAACAAAGCCGCUUGAUGUUUUCAAAGAGAUGGGUCGUAUACUUAAGCCUGGUGGACUGGCUGUAAUGAGCUUUUCUAAUCGUUGCUUUUGGACAAAAGCAAUCUCAAUUUGGACAUCUACUGGUGAUGCCGACCAUAUUGUGAUUGUCGGGUCAUAUUUCCAUUAUGCGGGAGGAUUUGAACCUCCUCAGGCAGUGGAUAUAUCGCCCAACCCUGGACGCACUGAUCCGAUGUAUAUUGUUUACUCUAGAAAGGCUUCUAGUGCUUAAGCAGAAGUGCGACAAUGAACAGCGUAAAUUUUGUGGUCAUCCUAUGCUUUAUCAGAUAUGAUAGGUACUGAACCAUGCCAAAAUUUAAUUUCAGGGCUAGUAGAGGAGUUCUACAAUCUAUCACAUUGUACAAUAUUGAGCCAUCAAUAGGUGUAAGAUUCCAUAUAGAUUCCAUGCUCUAAAAGGCUUUUAUUUAUGAUUAUCCUUAGCGUUGUUCUUCAAUACUCUGUACACAUUGAAUAUACAUUAUAUAAAAAUAAUAAUAAUGUCAUUUCCAAUGGGAACACAAA